AUGCGCGAGGUUGGAGCGGGAGAGUGUAAUGAGCACGAGCGAGACCAACAGAGAAUGGGGGAGCAGCAGCAGUCCCCAUUUUGUUUUUCUGUGAAGUUUGAUGCCGAUCCAGCAGAGGUUGGUGAUAGUGUGUUUCGUGGUGCCCACACAUUUCGAUCGCCCGCGGAAGUUCUUGUGCCGCUGCGGAUGCCGCUUAAAGCGGCUGCUGUGAGCGACUUAUUAUCAAGCUUUCUGUUUCGCACACUUUGUCGCUUCCCACACCUUUCGACCCGUACCGUUGAGGCCUUUUUCAUUAGUGCCGAGGGGAAUUAUGUGACGCCACGUGCGGGCUUGGGCCGUCCGCAUUUGUUGCGCCUAGAUGCGUGCAUGAACAGGGAUGACAAACUGGACAACUUCUUCACGCCUGUAACAACGCAUGGUCGAAAUGUCUAUGAAGUCAUUGCACACUGGGCCUCCCCAGAUCUGAAGGAUGCCACGUCCAAUAGCACCUCUCUCGGGAAAAUGAAGGCCGAUGAAGAUGGAGAAGCGUCGUCCCUCGACGCAGACUUAGUUAAUGCGCUUCCAGUACCUGUUAUUUACCCUUUUGCAAGUCGUUGCACAUAUGCAAAAUUACCGCCACGUGAAGCAUCGCCUGAGGUCAACGAGUGCUCUUCGACCGACAGAUUGGAGGCACCCCUCCCAGCAGUUUUUGUCGUUCUUGAGAAGAGAGAAGCCGCACGGAAGGUGCGAAGUGUCCUGGAAGGCGAGGAGGGUGGGGCUCGAGAUUCAAUUCUUGGGGACGAGCGGCGCGACCGCGCUAUGAUUGCGGAAAUGGAAGACGAGGGUCGACAACAGGCUCUUGCAGUUCUUCGCCUGAUGGGCGUUGAUGUGCCGGAAUGCGGCGCCAAACACACAGCAUCACCCGCGCCAAAGCAACGCCGCUUUCUGGAUACGGAGCCGCUUGCUUCAUUUCCCAGUUCAGUGUAUAUGAAGAAAUUGGCACAACGUGCCGAAGAAACAGCGUGGCUCUCUUACAUUUUUGCAAAGGGGCCAGUGUCUGGCCCGGCUCUUGCCGCUGCCAAGGGAAAAAAAAACUUGGGAACAUGUCCUCAACCAGACGGUGUGAACUCAGCGGGGGUUAAAGGAGACAUUCAAGUCACUAUUGAAGCUUCCGAGACCUGGCAAAAACUCAUCCAGCACUACGCUGAUGUGCGCUGUGAUUUGUUAUUGUGGGAACGUCAGUCAUUUCGCUCCCUCACGACAGAAAUGCGUAAUAUUUUGGAGAAACAAAAGCAACUGGAUGCGGAAAUUGUGAGAAGGGCGUUUUUGGACGAGAUGGAUAGGGCCUCAGUUCUCGAGUUUGGCAGCUACGUACAUCACUAUGACCAGGGUUGUCUGUGUGAGGAGCUUAGUGGCACUCCUGACACGACGGCAAAUUGUAUUUCCGAUGCAAGCAAGGACGCAAACAGUGAGACCUCCUCCACUAUUAUGCGAUACCUCAAGUCUCCUCAGUCCCCAGUGAUGCAGGAGGGCGCUGUAACGAUCACAGCCGCCACCAGAGACACUUCAGCAAAGGAUUCUGCAUCUCCCCCCAUGCCCGUACCAAGAUCAACCUCUUCUCGUUCUAUGUUGGCAGAGGAUGCGUAUUUUUGUGAGGCACUAGAACGCAGUAAAGCGUGCGCCAAAGCUGCAUUGGACACCAUUGCUCUUAUUGACAUGCGGUAUUACGAACCUGUAUCAUUUAAACUUGCGAAGCAUCGACUUUCUUUCGAUGAGAAGGAAGCGAGAGAUGUGUUUAUCGCAGAGGAGGGGGAGGGCUGGAAGAAGCUUUUGCUGUGUUUUCAGCAAGGCGAAGUGGAGUUAGAAACCAAUGCUUAUCUUGCCCUUCAGCGAGUGUUUGAGCCUGUCAAUACGGCGGAAGAGGAGGCUAGAACAGCUCUUGAUGUGCAACAACAGCGGCACAUGACGCUGCUGCUUUCCUUGUGUCACCUUGGCAUGAGGCGAUUGGAGAUGAUUUAA